AUGUCUUCGACCAUACCCAAUACCACCCCUAGCACUCGAUAUCAAGCACCGGUGACCACCUCCAUAAAUGUCCAAUAUUCAGCCAUGUUCACGUACGCAAAGGCCAAGAAUCCCCACCACCAUAGCCGAUACCCUCAAAGCACGCUGAACAACACGUGGACAGAGAAUAGAAAAUUUUCCACAAACGUCGACGCCGGUCGUGCGUACGACACCGCCGUUUUCAACCUACGUGGCCCAUCGAUACGUCUUAAUAUCCCUGAUUCAAUCGGAGACGACGGUCAUCUACAGGACCUCUCCUCCAAUUCGAUUAGAAAGAAGGCCACAGAGGCCGGAGGUAUGGUCGAAGACGUAUGUGUAGGUGGUGGAGAAGACAUCUGA